AUGGGGACCUGCUGUACAACUAUCGCGCAGUCCGAGGUGGGGGUGAUGGAAUCAUGCGGGAAGUUCAACGGGACGGCUUCCCCGGGGUUUCAUUGUUUGGGCUGUUGUUGGAAUGAAGUCGUGGCGCGGAUUUCCAUUCGUUUGCAGGAGCUCCAAAUGCACGUGGAGUCGAAAACAAAGGAUAACGUUUUCGUCAACGUUUCCCUCACUCUUCAGCUUCAGGUCAUUCCGGAUCGAAUUGAGGAGAUGCACUACCGCGCGCUUAAUCCGUAUACGAUUCUGAAGGAUAACGUCUGCAAUUCCAUCCGCGCGAAGAUUCCCUUGUAUAAGCUGGAGGCGUUGUACAUCGAACGCGGGACGAUCUCGCAGCAAAUUAAGUCCGAGGUCGAUCUGAAGAUGGAGAAUUACGGGAUGGAGAUCGUCUCGGUGUUGAUUUCCGAUAUCAACCCCGGAGUUCGAAUCACAAAUACGAUGAAUGAGAUUCAGCGUUUACAGCGGCUUCGCGUGGCCUCCGUUGGGGAGGCCGAAACAAAGAAACUUCAGCGCGUCCGCGCGGCCGAGGCCCAGUGCGAUGCCCGGCGGCUUGCCGGUGAGGGUUUGGCCGAACAACGAAAGGCCAUCGUGGCGGGGUUAAUGGAAUCGGUGAAUUCAGUGCAAGGCGAGAUCAGCGAUCUUUCCACGAUGGACGCGACGAAUAUGUUAAUUAUGAAUCAAUACUACGAUACGUUGCAGAAUGUCGCAGUGAAUGCAAAAUCGACCUUGAUGCUUCUGGAGGCUACCGGUGGUCUGGAGAAGGCGAUUUCGCAAUUAAAAACUGGAGCGUUGAAGCUAAUGAAAUAA